AUGAGAGCUUCACUGUGUUUCUUUAUUAUCGCAGCCACAUUGUGCAUGACACACGCAUUUUUAUUCAACAAAUGCGGAUGUAGUUCGAGUGUUGCCACAUCUCCACCAGCAGUACCCAGUCCAUGUUCGUGCACUAGCCAGGCUGUUGUGCCCGCUCCACAGUAUUAUUAUUUUUCUGUUCAGGAAUUUGAUGAAGAGAAACUUUUUCGCGCAUCCUGUAAAUGUAAUUGUCAUGAUCUUGUUCAGGCUCCAGACGGUUCGGGAGAUGUUUAUUUUAGGAAACCGGCAAAGCCAAAAAUAGAAGCGGACCCGGUUAGCAUAGCAAUUGCGCUUCGUGCAGCACAGCGAUCAACAAUUAAGGAAGAUCAACUCGCGUAUGGAUUCAGGCAAAGACCCAUCGAUCAACCGCGGAGAAAAGUCAUCACCCCAAAUAUCCCAGAAGAGCGGCUAUUUGAUGUGAAUGCAAAAGUGAUUGAGUUCAAAAAGCCAAAAUAUUCCGAAGAAAGUGAAUUCGAUGUCGACGAAAGCGAUGAGGAGUUGGGGAUUGUCAGUCGUAAAAAGCCUAUCGUUUCAAAUCCAAAGUGCUUUUACUACUCAGAUAUUGGCUAUUCAGAAUCAACGGGAACAGAUAGAAAAUUUGUGAAUGUACCAAUUUCGACGACACCUGCUCCAACUGAAGCACCAAUCAAUGCUGAUUGCUUGGGUCGAAUUAUAGACAUUCCAGAAGAACGAAACAUUUAUCUUGAACAAUUGCUCGCCGAGUAUGGGCGAUCAUGUCAAUGUGACGCUCACAAAAAAGAAGUACUCUUCACUCGUCGGUGAAAGCCAAACAGAUAAUAACUCAAUUUCAACUGUGAUAUUCUAUAUUCUGUUUAUCUAAAAAAAAUGAAAAAAGUGUAGAAUAAAAUAAAUGUUAUUGUUAACGAUAUAAAUAAAUUAAAGAGGAAAAAAACUCCGCACAUUUGUGUCCA